AUGGCGAGAUGUGCACAGGUGGCCAAACUGGCAAAGUUGGCCGCCACAGGACCUGCGGCUCCUGGCCAUGCGGCUCUUCAGCCGUCCAUCCAACAGUGCCUGGGGCGGCUGCCGCAGCUGCAAGGUAGCGACGUGGUGGAUCUCACCCGGAGCCUGGCAAGGCUUCGGUGGAGGGACGAGGCUACCUGGAAGGAGAUUGGCAGCACCGUGACACAGAAAGUGGAGGAGAUGAAAGUGGGGGAACUGGUCGAGGUGGCAGGGGCAUUUUCUGUGGCCAGCCAGCCUGAUGCGGAGAUGCUGACGGCGGUGAUGGGAAGAGUCAAGGCAGACCCUGCUAGCUUGACUUGCUGGUCUUGGGCAGGAUUCUUUCUCUCGGUUUUGAGGGCAGGAGCAAAACCAGACCCGAAGCUGUUGAAGGCGGCAGCUGAUGUGAUGUUGACUGACUUGGGUUCUGUUGAGAGGCUCAAGACAUCUUACAUCAUGGGAUUUGUUGAUGCGAGCCUCAAAGCUGGCUUCUUCCAUGAAGGGAUGUUCUGUUUGCUGUCACCAGUCUUGGUGGAGCGCAUGGAGGUCAUGAACAACCUUGACUUGUCGAGGGUUGCGCUGGCUUGGGGACAAGCAAGUUGCAAAGAUGAUGCGCUGUUGAAGUCCCUGUGCAAGGCAAUUCGUGGCAAUCUUGCGUCCUUUCCAAGGAACAGGAUCUCGUACACAAUUCAUGGCCUUAGCUUGUUGGAUUGCAAGGACGAACAGCUCCUGAUGGAAUUGGCUUCUGCUUGGGCCACCACACCUCCUGCUCGCUCCAUCGAAGUGCUGCAUGUCAUUUUUGGAUUGGCAAGGUCGGGAGCUCUGAACUCAUCACUGUGCGAUCAAAUCGCGGCAUGUAGCUUGCAGUGUGUGCCUCAUUUCAAUGCCAGGAGUAUUGCAAGGAUACUGUGGGCUUGUUCUCAGUCGGGAUGUACACAUGUGGAAUUCCUUGAGUCACUUGGCAAGGCCGCAAGUCAAAAAACCACUGAAUUUUCUGCCAAGGACCUCGCUGAGGUGUCAUUAGCUGGUGCCAAGUUUUCACUUGCGCCGAUUCUUGGAAGUUGCAUCCCAGAAGCUGCUGUGGAACGUGUGUCAGACUUCAAGGGUUCAGAGCUGGCCCUGAUGAUGCAUGGGGUCUCCGGGCUGUCAAACAAUCCUGGUGAAUAUUUGCCUGCGCUGGAGCUUGCCACCUUGCGGCAUGUGCCAACUCUGACGGCACGUGCUUCGGACCGCAGUUUGAUGGAUGCAGUCGCCUCGCGUGCCAUUGAGAUGGUAGACGGUUUGGACCCGCCCACCGCAAGCAGUGUUGCAUGGGCAUACUCUGAGCUGCAGUUCACUCAUGUGGACUUGUUCAAAGCAUUGGGUUUGCGGUGUGCAGCUACCGUCUCCUCUUUUACCACAUCCCACCUUGGAUACACUGCAUUUGCAUUUGUUCGUGCGGGGAUCCAUGAUGACGUGCCUUUGAUCAGCAUCGCCAAGGAGGCCUUGAGGCGUUUGCAAAAGAUGCAGCCUGUUCCUGGUUCGCUGUUUGCACGUGCCUUCAUCCGCGCUGACUUGGAGUCGCCAAAGGUCAACAUACUUUUGGAGGGCCUAGCUUCAAUUGCGCGUGAGAAAGGAUGGACACACUUGAGCCCCAAGCCCCAGUUUGAGCAGACUGAUUUCCAGAAACAGUGCGCAGAAAGGAUUCAAGACUUCCUUCCAUCCAUCCUGGUGAACCAACGUCACGAGAUGGGCCCACUGCUCAGCCUGGUGCUGCCGCAAGGCGAUGAACCUCACCUGAACUUGGAAGUGGAUCCCCUGGACCUCCAGCUUUCCCGGUUGGACCGGGCAGCGCGCACUCGGCGCGAUCAGUUCUUGGAGGACCUGGGUGUGCAGGUGUUGAGAUUGAAGGUCAGGGACCAGGAUGAUUUGAGGUACCACCUGCUGCAGAUCUUUGGACAUCCCGCAGAUCCCAGUGUGGAUGACAGUCCGGAAGAGCUGCCAGCAUCGGAGGUGGGGCCUCUGGAUGAGGAGGCAGUGGCGAUGUGUGGACAUGUGUGGAAUGAGAUGGAACCCGGAAGAGUGCAGCAUGAAAGCUUGCUGUAG